AUGUUAUUAGAUUCAUCAUCCAGUGGAGCUUUUGUUUCAUCUUCUCCGGCGGAUGCCGAAGCCCUUAUAGAGCGAAUUUCGUCCAACACUUCAUUUUGGUACAACAAAAGGGAUUCUAGACCCAGUAUGCACGAAGUCAAGGAGAGUGUAGCUCAAGAAGCGAAGGUUGAAGCUAUCACUCAAGAAAUUAAGAUAUUGCAAGCCGUUGUGGAGAAACUUGAAGCCAAAGCUCAACCGUGUAUGGCAUUGGCUUUGUAUUACAACGUAUGUGGCGGACCUCAUGACACCAACAUAUGCAAAUCUUCCAUCAACAUCGAAGAGGUUGAAGUGGUGAAUUAUCAACAACCCCCGAAACAAAUGGUUGGGGAAAUGAAAAUUGGAAGCAAGGCAAUGGUUGGUAAAAUUCGAACUACCAAGGAAGUCCUCAAGGGAAACAUACUUAUGGCCCGGGAGCGGAAAGAGCAAAGGAAUGAAGCAAGAGAUGUAGAGGAAAGGUUGACAAAGGCAAUCAAUGACUUGAAGAGAGAUCAAGGAUUCUUGAGGCAAGAAAUUACUCAAGAAAUUAGACAAGAGAUUGCCACGGUGAGGCAAGAAUAUGCAACAUCCAUGAAAAACAUAGAAACUCAAGUGGCUCAAAUGUUCCGGAUGAUGUCGAAACGGCCAUGGGGAGCCUUCUCUAGCUCAACCGAGAACAACCCUAAGGAACGAGUUAAUGCCGUUAUGAUUGUGAGUCCGGAGGACGUGAGAAAAGACGCUAUGGAAUGGAUUUGUGACAAUUCUUGUGGAGAAAAGCUAAAGGGAAAUGAGAUCACCUCUUGUGAUCCAUUGAAAGAAGAGGGAAAGAAGGACACCUCUUGUGCCCUAAAGAAGUACUUGAAAGAAGUCAAACCACCAAAGAGAAAACCGCAAACGUCUUCAAAAACAAAAAUGACCAACGCGCAAGCAUUGGAAAAGAAAGGGAGUGAUUAUGCAGAGGGUGCACCUCAAGUCUAUUUAGGAGAGGAGGCACCGGCCUUAAUCCACAAGGGAUGCACUAAGAAAAAGGGGGAUCCCGGAGCAUUCGUUGUUAAUUGUGCUAUCAAAGAUUGUGGAUUUCAGAAUGCUUUGGCCAACCUUGGAGCCUCUAUAAACAUCAUGCCUUCCCAUGUGUUUAAUCGGCUCAAGUUUCCAUAUAUUUCUCCUACACCGCUCACGGUUCGGUUAGCCAACGGGACCGUAAGGUACCCACGAGGGGUGGCGGAUGAUGUGCUUGUAAAGAUAGGUGUAAACCUUGUGCUGGUAGAUUUUGUAAUCAUUGAUGUAGGAGAAAAUCUUGAUGUGCCUUUGAUUCUCGGAAGACCUUUCUUGGCUACUUGUCAUGCUCUCAUAGACGUGAGCACGGACAAGUUAACUUUGAGAAUAAAUGAUGAAGAACCGAGUGGGAUGCAAAAGGUGCAAAAGGAGAGUGUUUGUGUCGUGAAGAAAAAAAGUGAAGGUGAAGGCCAAAAUCAAACCAUGGUGGACGAUCGAGAAAGUAUCUUGACUACCUAA